GCCAGCCCGAGAGCCAGCGUCGCAGUCACAGUGUCACGGAGGGGAAAAUUCCCUGAUUGCUGCCAACAGUCAAUCCUCCCGCCCGCCCGGCUGAAGCGGCAGGAACCAGUGCUCACACCCAAGCAAACUCACCCACCCCAAGCACCCCAAGCACCCGAAACAGCACAUCAACAUCCCUGUCAUCGUUGCGCUGGAGCUGGAGCUGCUGUGCUGACGCCCGCGCGGCUCCAACCUGCGCCGCCGUGCGCCCAACCGGCCUCUCUUUGGUCUUCCGGCUGCCGACAGUGCGGACGAACCAGCGAACCAGUGCGGACCACGACCGACGGCAGCUGUACUUGGUAUUGUGCAAGAGCCUCGUUUGGGCUUCGAUUGCGGGUUGUGCCAUGAGAUGAGUGGUCAAGGUGCUGCGGUGGCCUCGUGGGCUGUCGAGUCCAGAACAUCACUGCCUUUCCCGACUUCGCACUCUUCGCACUCUUCGCCGGAUUUGUUCGCUGCCCGUGGUUCCGCCGGCCGUGCCCUGCCCAAACCCCCGCCUUCUUCCCGCCUGGAUGCCGCCCCGGUCGAUCGCUCCCCCGGUUUCAAGAGCCUGCCGCCGCUCCCAGGCCUGGCUUCCAUUGGCAUCCCCUCUUUCGACCUUGUGGGCGAGUUCGAGAAAACCUUCAGCUUCACCACCAUCACCCCCACCAUCACCCCCACCACCACCACCACCGAGGACCUCUCCGUGCGGCCCGCGACGGCAAUAGAUAGGGCGCCCCGGAUCGGGUACGGAAACGACAACGCAACAGUGGACAGGACGACUGCCGGCGGGACGGUGGUGGACGGCCACGUUCGCAACAGGAGCAAAUCAAUGGUCGACCGGCCCGUCUCGUGGCUUCCCAGCUCGAAAUCGGCACCGAACGUCCGAAUCACAGAGGAGCAGCGCCCCAAGAGGCUGGCCAAGCAGAAUGUAGCCGGGCCACCUGCAAGCACAACGGCGGCGAAGCCCGCGGAAAGAUCGCGACCCGUCGAGUCGUUUGCCGACUUUGCCAAACGGUCUUGGAUCUCCAAAUCGAGAUCUCCCUCCCCACCUGGCAGGCUCGAGAAGCUGCGAAGUACCGGCCGCUCUUUCUCCGUUGAGACGCCCGGUACAAAGACGGCACAUGGGACGCAGACCGGGGCUGACACCGCCGGUGCUGCCACGCCGCCGACUCCCAAGAGGGGGGCCUUCAGCCGCGCCAGCCUUUAUCUGACAAGGUUGAAACAGAAGCCUCAAAACGUUUUCUCUAGGAGCUCACCUUCCGUUGCCCACAAAACGCCCCUCGCGAAGAACGAACUCUCGAGCGACUCCGAGUGCAGUACCCCCCCAGCAUCGACUCCGAAUAGCCGCCCGGGCUCUCCGACCGUCGCGAAGAAUGCUUCUUACAACAGCAUCAGCUCGGCCACAUCAUCCCAGCGAUCCCCGUCCGUUGACACCGAAUUGGAUACCGACACGGCGACAGCGAGCAGCGCCUCCGAAAACACGUCGCAAUCUACCGUCGACACGACCGUAACGAUGCCGCACCCGACGUCGCGCGACCCGCUCUGGGCGACCUACCGGACCCUCGACAUCGAAUUCUCCAAGUUCGCCGGAAAGGGCUCGACAGCAGGGCGGAUGAGCGUAGUCCGGUCUAUUCUGGUGCCCUUCCUGCGGAGCACGGAAUACCACCCUUCGAAUUCGAACCGAUCCAUCUUGACGGCCGAAGACGUCGAUCGCAGAGCGACCAUCUUGAACAAGUGGUGGAAUGGCCUCCUCGCGAUGCUGAUCGGCACAAACUCGAGGCUGCCGGCUGGCUUCGGCCAGGGCGUUGCCUCUCUCGGCGUUCACUUUCCGGUUCUGCAGCCUGUGGCCGGCGUGGACCGGCCCAUCUUGCUGGAAGCGACCACCAUGAUUAUGAUGCGUCCCGAGUGGCGGGCGUGUACGAGCCAAUUCCAACCCCUUGUCGAGCGCUGUACCCGAGAGAAGGUCCGACCUAGGUCGGGAACCCAGUCGACCGUGGCGACCGACCCGGAUUCGCUCCUUGCCGAAUCGGCCGAGCACAAUGUCCGCACCAUGUUUGUCACCAACCUCACCACCCAGAUGGCGCUGGUCGUCGAGAAGCUGUCGCUGCGGCACGCUCCGCUCAGCCUGGUUAACUGGUGCGGCAAGGCGUGUGCUUACGCCUUCUUUUUCGUCCCGGGCGUCUCCGACGUGCUCGUCCGGCUUUGGGGCCUGAAGGCGGACCUGCUGCGCAGGGUAGCAGACGAGUUCGAUCUGCCGAGGAGAAGCAACGGCGAGAGCGACGAUAUUGUGGCUCUGUUCCCGUCACACAUGCACAAGCUAGGCUGGUCGUCAGUCAAGUCGCUUGGGGACAAGCUGCGGGUGGCUGCGAAGCUCCCGCUCCUGCUUGCCAAGAUCCACUGGCACGGCCCCUGGGUAUCGAGGUGGCGCGGCGGGGAUACGGACCUGGUGUUCAUCUUCUGCAAGUACUUCUACAGUCUUGCCAUGGAGUUCAUGCCGGAGGGCCUCCCGCUGGUCGAAAAGGCACGGGCCCCGGCAUUCGUGCUGGUUCAUGCCCAGCUCCUGUCCAUUCUGGACAGCACGAUUCACCGCCAGGCCUCGCUCGACGCCCUGCUCGGACCCCCGCUAUCUGACAGUCUCCACGGCGCCGACGCCUCUCUGACGGCACCCCAACUCCCGAGCAACCUGCUCAAGGGGAUGGAUGAGAAUCGGCUGGUCGUCCUGCUCAAGGACAUGCUGGCUGACGAUUCGUUUACCGAGGCUCCGGAGAUCAAGCACACGUUCGCGGAGGCUUUCGUCGCAGUCGCAAAGGCCGCUACCAAGCGGACGCCACGUUUCGAGCAUGCGUCUUGCUUCAUGCUGUGUGACUUCCUGGAGGAAACACUGCUCGCGAUCGACGCGUUCCAAACUACGGUGAACACGAGUUUCGCGACGUCUCCGGCCGCGGUGAGCGCGCGGUCUGAUUAUUUCGGGCCGCCCAGCCCUACCAAGACGGCCAACUACAUUGACUGGCCUUUCUGGUUUGAUGUUGGCAAGAUGAUCAUGGACUGUCACAACACCAUGUCGGAGAUCCGCAUUCUGUCGUUCCUCUUCUCAGUUUGGGAUGCUAUCGUAGCGGAUCCUGCCCGCAAGGAGGCCGUCUGCCUGGACUGGCUGCUGUCCGAGGAAACGUUUUCAAAGUUCUUCAACCACUGGUGCCCGAUGGUUCGUGCCUAUUACAUGCGCUUGCUCUGCUGGCGGAUAUGCAGGGACUCGGGCAGCUCCAACGAGGUUGAUGUAAAAAUCUUCCUCGUCGUGUCUCAGCGGCUGAAGACGGUCUGGUCGCAUUACCUCUGGCUGAAGCAAGAUGCUGAGGCUAAGGGACGCAUGCACCCGUCGACGGCGCCGACAUAUCCUGCACCGGGCAAGCGGUUUUUGAUCAUCCGGACCGAGGUUCAACCACCCCAACAACCCCCGCACCUCGGAUUCGAUUCGUUUUCGAGUGCCUUCCCGUCCCUGGACUCCCCGUUCGACUACUACGCUCCGGCCACGAGCCAUGGCGACGACGACAGCGCGACAGGCAACGGUAAGACGGACAGCAUGUCGUUCAAGAAGAGAUGGUCGCUUCUCGGCAAGGUGCUUCCGUUCGGCACGGCGCAGGACAGUCCCACGACAGAGACGGCGAAGCGUACCUGGGAGGAAGAGUUGGAGCAGGCCCGCCGGGACACGGCUGCGUCCCGGCUAGCAGGCCGCGGGAGGAAAUCGAAUUCCCCGCAGUCGCUGGGCCCUCCGACCCCGCCGAAGCAGGGAUCCUCGACCGCCGUCACGCCCUCCUCCGAGUCCUACUCCUCCACGGGAUCCGCCCCGACUUUCGACGCUCCGACCUUCGUCUUCCGCUUCACCCUGACGUGGCAGACGGGCCCGAACGGCGCGCCGAUGCCGUGCCCGCCGAGCCGCGACCGCGUCAUCACCCGACCGCGGCUGCCCGCGCCCGCACAGGCCCGCGUCAGCAUCCGCUCGGGGGGUCCGGUCGGAGGCGACGCGAACCACGGAGCCCCCACCGCCCGCAGCGAGAGCCCGCCUCCCAUCGCUCCCGGCCUCCCACCGGUGACGCGGAGGGUCAGCGGGCUCCCGCAGACGGGCCUGAUCAGCGAGGCCCGCAACGCCAGGCCGCUGAGCAUGAUGGAGGACGGAUUCCGCACCCGCUCCCUCACGAGGGACGCCGAGAAGCGGCUGUCGUUGAGCGUCAACAUCGCGCCCCUUCGCCUGUUUGACGACGAGGAGGAGAAGCGCGGCGAGGAGCGGUCCGACAUCCAGUCCCCCGGCCGGACGUCCAGUUUCACGGGUUAUGAGCUGGACCGCGUCCGGUCUCUUGACCUGGGUCUCGGCGGCGGCGGCGGGCCCGGAUAUGUACCUCUCCCGGUGGUCCGCGCGGAACGGCCGACUGGUGUGUUUUCCUCCGGCGCCGUGUAUGCCGGGCGGGCGCUCGCGGAAUGGGGUUUGGUGGUCAGCGAGUGCAACAGCUUUGUUGACCGCCGCCGCGACGAGGGCAUCCUGGGCCUGAGUGACGUCGAGGUGCCCACGCUGAGUGUCGAGGGCCUUGGUAUGCGCGCGCGUGGCUAGUCCGGCGGCGAGAGGCGUGUUUUCUACUACCGGAUUCGGGUUACAUACAUUCCACACCAACUUCGACUGGGGGAAUCUGGAACAGGCGUUUGAAAAAGGGGUGUAGGUAAUCCUACAAACCACCACCAACCCACCACCAUCACCCGUUGCACCCGGGUUUCAUUUUGUCGACCCUUCGAUUCACCGCACACAACACGGAUGAUUGGACGGGAGACAACAUCUUUUUAUAUUUUUCGCAU